AUGGCGGUGCUAUUCCGUCUGGGCUGGUCUUGCCCUGAUUCCGUAUCGACACCUUCUUCAUCAGCUCGAUCUUUUGCGAGGUCCGCUAUGGAUGACUUGUCUUUCGGUGACCUUGGUGUUGAUGUGUCCUCCGUUAACAGCGUUGAGGACCUCCACCGAUGCAGUGGCCCCAAAAGAGCAAAACGAACCAUCCGGCAUCGUGCUCAGAAACGCUAUCGUCCUCAGAAACCUAACUCGGACGACUUUCCUCCACUGAACGAUUCUACAAAUGAAUUGGUUGAAUCUAUUGAAUCCAUUGUAACAACUACUCUCCCUCUCGAAACUCCAUCAUACGCAGAUGUCUUGAUGACACCUGUCAUCCUUGUUGAACAGCCUACUCCUCAUCCACCACCAACAGUUGUUACCAUGUCACAUGUAGCUCGUGCCAUAAAGCCUCGCCAGAAACACUCCCCUGUGCCCAUAAUACCCGCCAUACCCAAUAAGCGCAAUGUCAUACCAAUCCUCGAUUUGCGUAGAGACCGUCGACGUCGUGUCGCCUGUGUCAAACGAACUUCUGUUACUCCUGCUACUCGACGUGAUUUGGCUAAAUCUCUAGCUAAAAAGUACACUGGAGUUAAGAAUGAAUGCCUCGCUCCAUUGUGGGCUCGAUAUGCAAUGGCAUGGACCAAACCUAGUUUAGAAGAAGUAAAACAAGCUGCUGAUGUCACGCAACAUACCAACCCUCCCAACGUUAUACCCAUAUAUCAAGAAAUCUCAGCAGACCUACUGACGCCCGUAUCCGCCUAUCUUAAAAUAUCUAAUGGUGCAGCAUCUCCUCACUCCUUUUUACUCGAAUCCGUCGCUGGCGGUGAAAAAAUCGGUCGUUACUCGUUUUUAGGGGUCGAUCCAUACAAAGUCAUUCGAACAGGUGACGCCUCGACCGUAAAAGGUGAUCCAUUAAUCACUUUAGAAAAGGAAUUGAAUGGUAUUCGAUACUAUAAAACACCAGGUCUACCAGAAUUUACUGGUGGUGCUGUGGGUUAUAUUGCUUAUGAUUGUGUCCGCUACUUUGAACCCAGGACAUCGAAAAUCGAGCUCCGUAAUACUUUAAAUCUCCCAGACGCAGUAUUCAUGAUGUUUGAUACUGUAGUCAUCUUUGAUCAUCUCCACCACUUGAUCAAAGUAGUCUCACACCUCAAACUCGGCCCAACAUAUGGUGAACGAGAUCUAGAUGCCGAAUAUGCUCGUGCUACUGGUGAAAUUCAUAAACUGAUUGAUAAACUAGAAUCAGAUGCCUUGUCAUUCCCAGUACAACCACCAAUAGUAUCAGGUGAAGCUGUCUCCAAUAUCGGUAAAGCAGGUUAUGAAGAGUUUGUAAACAAACUCAAAUAUCACAUAGUAGAAGGUGACAUUAUUCAAUGUGUACCAUCUCAACGAGUCAAGAAGCCAACGACUCUGCACCCAUUUAACGCAUACCGACGACUCCGUAGUGUUAAUCCAUCACCCUACAUGUUUUACGUUGAUUGCAGAGACUUUCAACUAGUAGGUGCAUCACCCGAAUUACUAGUCAGUGUCGAUACUGCUCGUAAAGUAACAAACCACCCUAUUGCUGGUACAGUCCGUCGUGGAAAGACACCAGCCGAAGAUGAUGCAUUGGCAACACAGCUACUCUCUGAUGUAAAAGAACGAGCUGAACAUAUUCAACUAGUUGAUUUAGGACGUAAUGAUAUCAACCGUGUAUGUGACCCAAAAACCGUCAAGGUCGAAUCCUUAAUGCACAUUGAACGCUUCUCCCAUGUUAUGCACAUCGUAUCUCAUGUCACUGGUACAUUGAGAGAAGAGAAAACACCAUUUGAUGCCUUCCGCAGUGUAUUCCCAGCAGGUACCGUCUCUGGUGCUCCAAAAGUCCGAGCCAUGGAAUUGAUUUAUGAAUUGGAACGUGACCAUCGUGGUACAUAUGCAGGUGCUGUCGGCCAUUUUGAUUAUGCAGGUGGAUUUGAUACUUGUAUUGCCAUUCGAACCAUGCUAUUCAAAGAUGGUGUUGCUUACUUGCAAGCUGGUGGUGGAAUUGUAUAUGAUUCUGACCCUGAAGCAGAAUAUAACGAAACUCUGCAUAAACUCAACUCGAAUGUCAUGUCACUUGCUUCAGCUGAGGCCUUUUAUAGUAUUCCUAGCAACAACAAGACCAGGGUAGUCUCUGUAUUAGAAAAUAAGAGUACUAGUCCAAUGUUACCUUUCUCUACAAAUGGAACUCCCAUUAAAAAGAACAGAAUGAACGGACCAUCAAACACUUCGAUUACGACUACGGUCACGACCUAUACCACAACAAUGAGCAAUAACUCUGCGCCUCAUAGUCGCAGUAGCACUGCCUCGAAUUCUCCACAAACCUCGAUAAGUCAACCACAACAACCACACCAACCCGCCGUUACGAUUUUAAUUGAUAAUUAUGACUCUUUUACUUGGAAUGUAUAUCAGCGACUAUGUGAAUUGGGUGCCAACGUAGUGGUCUUCAGAAACGACCAAGUUACGGUGGAAGAGUGCAUGGCACUCAACCCUCGCAAUAUAGUGAUAUCACCGGGUCCAGGGAAACCCCGCGAUGCAGGCGUGAGUAACGAUGUUAUUCGCGCUUUUGCAGGCCGGGUCCCUAUACUUGGUGUAUGUCUAGGAGAGCAAUGUAUGUAUGAGAUAUAUGGUGGUGAGGUGACGAGAGCCGGUGAAACAGUCCACGGCAAGACGUCAGCAGUAACGCAUGAUGGGAAGGGGUUGUACGACUUGGUACCGCAACAUAUCGAAUGUACUAGGUAUCACUCUCUAGCUGGAAACCCUCGUACGUUACCUGAUUGUCUAAUCGUCACCGCAUAUACGGACUCUGGUAUCAUCAUGGGUGUAAGACACAAGACCUUUGUCAUGGAAGGAGUCCAAUUCCACCCAGAAUCUAUUGCCAGUGAAUAUGGACGAACCAUCUUCCGUAACUUUUUGAGAUGGGAAGGUCCAACUUGGGAUCAGCUUGUCUUGAGAGAUGAUUUGGUGCCGGAUACUGUAGCUGAGGAUGGAUCAGAUGUUGGAUCAGGGCGUGGUGCUACUGGUGGUGGCAUUCGAGGACCUCCUACAGCGAAUAGAGUAGGAGGUGGACUUCAAAUAGGUGGUGGUAUAAAAAUCAACUCAGUCUCACCAGCCUCCAGCCCUUCUCGAUCCGUGCUCGCACUGCCUAAUGCUAAUGGAAGCAGUGCCCCUGAAAGUGUCGCUGGUAGCAGUAGUGGUUAUUCGACACCGAUACAUCCAGCUGCUAUCACUGCAGCUGCUAGGAUGAUGACCAACAGAGACAUAAAUAGAGAAAUCAAGGCAACCUCCGUACCAUCUUUUUCAAACUCACCAGUUCUCCCACCAUCACCGAUAGUAUCACCAUCCGCUGUGAAAAAGGACUCGAUACUCGAAACCAUAGCCAAACGACGAACACUUGAUUCUGCACAAGAUAAAGCAAUACCUGGUAAAUCUCUAGCACAUGUAUCCAGAUCAAUAGCUCUUGGUCUCGCUCCACCAUGUCUAGAUUUCUAUCAACGAAUAUUGCAAGCUAGUCAUCCACCAUCUAUAGUAGCAGUCAUGGCCGAAAUCAAACGAGCUUCUCCAUCAAAGGGAGAUAUAGAUUCAACAGCACAUGCAGCUCAACAAGCCUUGUUGUAUGCUAGAGCUGGCGCAUCAGUGAUUUCGGUCUUGACUGAACCUACUUGGUUUAAAGGCUCCAUAGAAGAUUUACGACAAGCUCGAAUCGCAGUCAAUAAUUUAGCUGAUCGACCAGCUAUAUUGCGAAAAGAGUUUGUGGUCGAUGAGUAUCAGAUAUAUGAAGCUCGUUUGGCUGGAGCUGAUACAGUUUUGCUGAUUGUGGCUAUAUUGUCUGAUCAGCAGUUAGCUGCUCUCAUGUCUGCCAGUCGUAUGCUGGGUAUGGAGCCACUUGUGGAAGUGGCUAAUACUGAGGAAAUGGCUCGUGCUAUCAGAGCUGGUUCCAAAGUAAUUGGAGUGAAUAAUCGAGACUUACACACAUUCAAUGUUGACCCGACGCGUACUUCAACAUUGGCGUCAAUGGUACCAUCCAACGUCAUAUUGGUGGCACUCUCUGGAAUAUCCAGUCGACAAGAUGUAGAACCCUACAUUCGAUCUGGUGCCAGAGCUGUGUUAGUAGGAGAAGCAUUAAUGAGAUCAGGAUCUCCAGGAGACUUGAUUCAAUCAUUACGCGGUGUCACUCCCACAAGUACCUCGCGUAGAUUAGUACGACACGCCAAGAUAUGUGGACUGACAAGAGCCGCUGAUGCACUUGUGGCUGCCAGAAAUGGAGCAUCCUUCUUAGGGAUAAUAUUUGCACCUAGUCCGCGCCAAGUGACACCAGACCAGGCUCUAGAUCUCGUUAGACAAGUCUCAACUGAACUCCGUUGGUCUCAAUUACCAUCUCAGCCACAUUUAUUAUCAACAUUGCCUAUACCUGGCACCACAACCAAUAUAAACCAAGGAUUGGAGGUGGGAUACCGAGUCUUGACGAGCUCACCACGACCGUUGUUUGUUGGUGUCUUCCAGGAUCAGCCAUUAUCUUAUAUACAUGCUACAGUUACCAAGGUCGGAUUAGAUGUAGUGCAGUUACAUGGAGAUGAACCCGACUCCAUAAUUGCACUCAUUCCAGCACCCGUAAUCCGAGUCGUCCAUGUUCAACCAUCAGAUUCAGUCGUAGCUAUAGAAGACCGAGUGAAUUCAGCGGUAAGAGCAGGAGCCGCAGCUGUAUUGCUCGAUACUGCAUCAGCAACGUCCAAAGGUGGUACUGGACAAGUAUUUGACUGGAGUGUAGCCGCACAUCUGGCAUCAAAGGGCAUGUAUAUUAUGUUGGCAGGUGGAUUGACUAGUGAGAAUGUGGGACAGGUAGCAGUGUUGGGACCAUAUGUAUGGUGUGCUGACGCCUCGUCGGGGGUUGAAGGAGUGAAUAAGGGAGUCAAGGACCCAAAUAAGAUUAUUUCCUUUUUGAAAGCAAUUUCAUAG